AUGUCGGAGGCGGCCCGGAGCCUCCUGCAGCGCUGGGGCGCCAGCUUCAGGAAGGGCACCGACUUCGACUCCUGGGGGCAGUUGGUGGAGGCGAUCGACGAGUACCAGAUAUUAGCGAGGCAUCUACAGAAAGAGGCGCAGUCUCAGCACAACAAUUCGGAAUUCACAGAAGAUCAAAAGAAAACCAUAGCUAAAAUUGCAACAUGCUUGGAACUGAGAAGUGCAGCAUUACAGUCCACCCAAGCACAGGAUGAAUUUAAACUUGAGGAUCUGAAGAAGUUGGAACCAAUCUUAAAGAAUAUCCUCACUUACAAUAAGGAGUUCCCCUUUGAUGUUCAGCCUGUCCCACUCAGGAAGAUUUUAGCACCUGGAGAAGAGGAACACUUGGAGUUUGAGGAGGAUGAUGAGGAAGGAGGAGCUGGAGCAGGGUCUCCAGACUCUUUUCCUGCUAGAGUUCCAGGUACUUUAUUACCCAGAUUGCCAUCUGAACCCGGGAUGACAUUACUCACUAUCAACAUAGAGAAAAUUGGUCUGAAAGAUGCUGGGCAGUGCAUUGAUCCUUACAUCACAGUCAGUGUAAAGGAUUUGAAUGGGAUAGAUCUGACUCCUGUGCAAGAUACUCCUGUGGCCUUGAGGAAGGAGGACACAUAUGUCCAUUUUAACGUGGACAUUGAGAUUCAGAAACACAUUGAGAAACUAACAAAAGGUGCAGCUAUUUUCUUUGAAUUCAAACACUACAAACCUAAGAAGAGGUUUACUAGCACCAAGUGCUUUGCUUUCAUGGAGAUGGAUGAAAUUAAACCUGGGGCAAUUGUCAUAGAACUGUACAAAAAACCCACUGACUUUAAAAGGAAGAAAUUGCAGCUGUUGACCAAGAAACCACUUUACCUUCACCUCCAUCAAACGCUGCACAAGGAGUGACCCUAGCUGUGAGAUUUCUGUGAACUGAACCACCAGUCAUGGUAGCUGUGUGUAGUAGCCUUAGCCUUGGAGGGGCGGGAGAACACCUGUAUUGAUGCCAGUAGGUCAGACGGGACCAUCACACGCUGCACAGCACUGCUCCAGGGGCAGAGGCAAGCCUCUCAUUCAAGUGCAAGAUUAUUUCAGUACUUUCCAGCUAGAGGUUUUUCUGAGAGCCCUGAAAUAUGUUGACUGCUUUUCCUAAUUUUGCUGUUCAUCAUGUU